ACCACUUCCGCGUGAUCCCCUCAGUGCUCUGCUUGACUUCAUCGUCAAAGACUUCUAUCUAUGGUUGCCCUUCGCAAUUUCCGUCAUCAGAUCGCCGACUCUGUUAGGAGACUUUUGCGCUCAUCACGGCAUUCACCUACGAAACUAUUCUUCAGGAAGAAAAACGGCUAUAGCUCCGAUCUGAGCACACCAAACUCCACUCGGAGCGUUUCAUUCACGGAAGCACUAUCAUGGCCGUUCAUCGAUGACGAUGUGCCAGAAGAAUGACAAUGACCGUCAUAUGAUUAACUUUCUCAUCACAAAGAAAUUCUCCUCCUAUGGGUUCAUUUUCUCGUCAAAUUUCUCCUCGUUGCACUUGAUCUCGAGGUGUCUUUACUUGUACAUAGUGUUCGGGCAUUUGUGACCAGUAUCAACGAAUUAUUCACUGUCUUCUGGUCUCUACUCAUCACAUAGUAGUGAAAUUUUAGCUUCUCAUUCGUGCCAGACAUCUCUUCACCACAUGACUUCAUUUCCUUUCAAGGAGGUUGUUUGGUGUUCUGGUU